AUGGUCUUUGCUGAUGAGAAGAUUUGUAGCCCUAAACAAAUAAAAACGCUAGGAAUUUUUAAUCUAGCUGCAUUUGUUCUUGUAGUUGCUGAUGCUGCGCCACCUACACCUCUCGAAAUGAAACUUAAAUCUAUGUAUAAGGAAGACGGAUUUGAGUUUAUUCAGAAACUAAUCCCUUACAACGACAGUGUACACCAUCAAACGCGCGCAUCAUUCAAGCACAAGUAUGUAGGAUUCGGCGGAUCGAUUCGGGGAAGUCGAGGGUCGGGAUCAUGGCUGGACAUAGAGGCAACAACAUCUGUCAGUGAAGGAGCACAUCAGAGGGCUGCAACAAUUGCCAGUCGAAUGACUAUGUACAUGUCUUCUUCUAUCUUCUCAACGCUAGCCAGGAACGCCAAAGUAGGAGUGUUCACCCGCGCUGAUACUCUGACAGUGUUCCCAGAAUAUUCUAGUCUCAGAGACACAACAGCUUGCCGAGGAUCCUGUUCAGGAAGUUGCGCGCAUACUUGUACUUUCGAUGGGCGUAAAUACGCAAGUCUGGCUGGAACUGGUGGCGCAGUGGGAUGUGUGGUAGACGAUAAUGUCUUAUGUGAUUCUAACGACCCUUAUCGUCACCAGGCUAACAUGCUCGUACAUGAAUUCGCCCACACAGUUAAACUUUAUGGUAUACCAUCUUCUAUCAAAUCACAGAUUACGGCGGCCUAUAACCACGCUAGAUCUAACCGGAUAUGGGAUCUCAGUGCUUAUGCCAUGUCAACAGAGGAAGAGUAUUGGGCGGAGUCUUCUCAAGUCUACUUUAACGUUGAAAAACUCACAUAUACCACUGGUGGAAUGAACACAUGUGGACACAGCGGCUUCUGCACAAAUGAACAGGAUUCCCGAUACUAUUUAUAUACAAAGGACGUGCAAUUGUAUAAUGCAUUAACAACCGUAUACACGAACAACCAUCCAGAACGACACAGUAACCUCGCCACCUGCAUGUAG